CGAAGAGCGCUACUGUCACAAGAUUAAAAGCUGUAACAGGAAAUGUACUUGUGGUACAGAGACCAAGUGCAGAAUACAAGCGUUUAUUUGCUCACAUUCUACCUUGAGCAGUAACAGCAAUCAGUAAUUAAUCAGAGGGUGUCAGUGAUUUUGACAGGAGCAAGAAGAAGAGGUGAAUGUUGAGGAUAACAACUUGGAUGCUGAAGAAAAACCCUGAUGGUGGGAAAGAAAACACUAUAAGCAAAAUUCAAGAAACAAAAGGAUUAUCAACCAGUGACGUCAGCAUUCAAUGAGACAACUGCCCUGCCUUUACCAGAUCUUCUAGAGCAAUAGCCUGUCUGAAGUCAGGAGGUCCUUCUGUUACUAUGGCCCCCAAUAUUCUCUCAUUUUUCUCCUCUGUAUACUCCAUACAAAUAUAUGCAUGUGCUAUAAUGCUUUGUGUGUUUUAUGAUGUCACAGUCUGUUCUUCAGAGAUGUCAGACACUCCCAUUGCAUUGUGCCACUGCAGCUUCAUAACUAAUACCAGUUCUACCCUCUUAAAAUUGGAGAAAGAGGCCAAGACAUUCCAAAAGACUGUGCUGCUGUACUCAGAUAGAAAAGUCCAGCCCUCCAAUUGCUCUCAUUCUCAAAGAGCAGAGUGCCUUAUUGAGGAACUGGAAAAGGGGAGCAACUGUUUAAGUUUGAGGCACUUUGAGUCAACAGACCAUUUAAAACAUACUGACAAGAUGAAUAACACUAGAGCUGGCUGGUCUGAAAAAAAGAACUUGACUGUAAAUGUGACACAACUGACAUCUUCUUCAAACACGAACCCAAAAGAAAUCCAUGUCACGGUAAAUAAGACGGUGGUUGUUGAUCUUUUCCAUGAUGUUGUCAUUCCUUGUACCUUCAAUGGAUCCAUUGAGCUACUGAGCUCUUUUGUGUACUGGACAAAGCAGAACUCCUCUAAAACCUCCAUUAUCAUGGCUUUUGAGAAUGGAACCAGGCAGCCUGGGAAAGAAUCCCCAAGUUAUAGGAACCGAACCCAACUUAUGUUUGAUACCACAGUGGGAGACGCCUCCUUGUUUCUAAGAAAAGUAUUGUUGACAGACAGUGGAAGCUAUGUUUGUCGAGUUGGUAGCUUCAAAAGUGGGACCUUUGGUGAAGCAGGAAUGAAUCUGACAGUAACUGCAUCUUCAACAACUUUAAUUGUGCAGAAUAAUGACAAGAAUUUGACUGUUUCUUCUUCAUACUGGUUCCCUGCUCCAGAAAUUUACUGGCUAGAUGACAAAGGCCAAGACAUUACUAACCAUUCAUGUUACAAUAUUACAAGAACUGCUGAUGGCUUGUAUCAUAUUACAUCAUGUUUUCAUAUCGGUAAUGCUGACAAGAUGGAUUUUCUCAUCUCUUGUAUCAACCCUGUCAGUAAAAAGAACACAUCAGUCGUCUACAGUUACAAAGGGACACAUCCUGAUUCUCAUUCAUCCACAAGUACAAUAUUAUGGAUUUUUUUAGGUGUAUCUGCACUGAUCAUUUUUGGGAUCGGUAUAUUAAUAGGGAAGCGCUACUGUGCAGGAUCAAAGAAAGAUGACCAAAAUACAGAAACUACUCCUUUGAUUAGCACAAAUCGAGCAAAUUCAAUGCCCGAUGUUCGAGUAAAUAUGUGAGAAAGCUGUUCCUCCUGAACACAGAGAUCAUGAGCCACACUGAGCCAUCUCCACUUGCUUCCUUAACAUGAUGUCAUUGGAUAAAGCUUCUAGUUAUUGUUCCUACAUAACAUAAAUUGUCUUAAAUCUUUAGGCUUAAUCUAAAAUUAUUUUCUUGAUUGUACCAAGAAUUUGACAAUGUUUGACUGCCCUGUAUCUGUGAUAAUAUACCAAAUCAAAUUCAAAUAUAGCUGGAUUUGAUAUAGAAGGGAAACAGAAAACUCAUUGAUAACUCUCAGACAAAAUGUUAAGGUAAACAAGCAGAGUGUGCAGGUUUGACCACCGACAUUAGAGUACAAUACAGGAUGAAAUAAGAAAUUAGAUCAGCUUGCCAACAUUUCAGCACUCAAACUAGCGGUAUGUUCAGUAGAAAGAUAUCAUGCUUGACCUAGAGAUUGCAGCGAUACUAGAAAUAAUAGUGCUCAUUUUCUUCCUUCUUCAAGGGUCUAUUGAUUGUCCAAAACCCCAAAUCCCAAAAACUACAGAACUCCAAAAAAGGCUAUAAAAUGCCUGUAACUCCUUAAAUAUCCUGGUAGUGUUAGGUGAAGGGACUCAGGACUUCUCCACUUUCAUUAACAUAAAAGAUGGGGGUUAAUUAUAAUGUAUUGUGCUGUUUUUAAAACAAUUACUUUAACAUUAAAAUGGUCAACUUUUUUUUAACUGUGGUGGGCUGGCGCCCUACCCAGGGUUUGU